UUUUUUGAUGAGCUGAUCAACAAUGUAGAAGAUGAAAGCAGCAUAUCGAACAGGAUCAAGAAAGUUGGCCAGAGUCAUGUAAUUCUAUGCCAGAGUUCUUUCAACGCCGAUAUCUGGGAGAAGCUGGGCGAAAUUACCAUGGAAUGCUUUAGCAGCCUGGAUGCCGUACAGCUAAUAAUAUUGACGCUACUGGCUGAGUUGGAGAAUCGUAAUAUGGAAAUGGGACUGUGA